GCUGGACGACGGUCACUGGGGCUUUUGAUCGGAGCAAAACCUGGUUUAAUGCCCGCUUUGCGGCCACACUGACAUCUUCAUCGUCCUUUCCUGAGCGCCUAGCGGCCUGUUUCCUCAUGUCAGAGGACUCAGUGGAAAAAAAGCCAAUAUGGCGCGCGGAGUUGGUUUGACCGGAGAGGCCGUGUGGUUGUUUGCGCAGUGCAAUCAUUUUGUAUUGUCGAUCUGCCUACGACACACACACACACACACACACACACACACACAGGCCUGUCAGGAGGGACAGAAACAAUGGGACAGACGCGAAUAAAUGGGUCAAAUUUCCAAAACGUUCAUUAGUGUUUAUUAUGUCAUAUAGCUGCUCAGUAAAGGCUUCACUACCACUGACUAUUAUAAACUUUACCUGGACGUGCAUGCGCGCGCGCACGGGUUUGUUUGUGUGUGUGUGUGCGUGCGUGCGUGCUUGUAAGUGAGCGCGCGCGCGUGUGUGUGUUAGGAGGGUGAGUGUCACGGCCCUAUGCAGACGGGGGGUUGGGUAGCAGUGCCGAUUGGUUGCUGCUCACCAUCACAGUCAGCCUGGGCUUGUUUUAACAUAACCGGGGGCACUUCGACAGCAGGCAAAAACCAUGUAGUAAAUAAGCCGCUGUGGCUGAUCAGGGACCGGUUAUGGCACACUGAAUUUGCGGUGCAGCGUAUUGGAGAUUUACCUGUUCUUUUGUAUUUAAGGUGACAGUUUUUUGUAGGGGGCCGCCGCUGAUCAGGCGAUGAAGUGCAGAGAAUGAGAGCUGUGCCUUGGCCUACUGCUAGUGCCGCUGCAGCUGGGAUUGUGCAGAUCCGCUCUCACAAACCGAGAAAAAUACUCGCUUUGUGCCACAUUAUCAAACAUCCGCUGCUGGUUUCACGUUGACCGACCUCCAAAUGCUUGUUUGUGUGAGCCACUCACUGUGUUUCUGUGAUGGCUCAGUGUCACCACCUCUAUCUACUACUGCCUCAGCGCUCCUCCAUUGACUGCACUCGUCAGCGAUCGCCAUGACCCACAGCCAUCAGACAAAGCGGACAUAGCCAUGACAACAUGAACCAGUCCUACAGGCCGGCUGUUAGGGUGGGCUCAGUGUUUGGCUCAGGCCAGCCAGAGCUGAGGCCCCGCAAUGGUCUUGUGGGCACUUCCUAUGGAAACCAAUGUGGCAUUGUGAGACGUGGGUCAGACCAACCAUCAGCCGUGCAACUGCCAUCCUCCAGCCUCAAACAGCCAGCUGCACUGGGGUACAAUCAGCCAGACCGAUCUCACUGCUACAGCCCGCUGAAGAGGCUGCAGGACCUGAACUCUGCGGUCAACAGGCCUGACCUAGAGAGGGACCUCCAUCCUAGGAACCACUUGCACUGUGCAAGCCCGAUCAGUGAUGAUGAUGAGUUUGAGGCACCAUCGGUCCAGCUGCCUCCUUCUCCGGGCAAUGAUGGUAUGGAGCCCUUUGAGGCUCUGCGGGACGUGAACAGAAAUGACUUCUCCCCUCACAGUCCUGACAGCAUGGAGCGCUGCUCUCCCAUCCCCAAUGGCUACCUGCAUUUUGAAUCCACGCUGUUUGACAGCAGUGACAUCAAGGAAGAGGGGGAGGACAGUAGUAGUGAGGACACGGCACAUUUUCGCCACUCCCCAAAGUUGAGUCGGGAUCGAACUGUGACUGACAGUAAGACUACAGGCAGCUCAGGGGUGGAUAAAAGAACAUACAAACCUACUGUCUUUAACCUGAUGUCCAAAACCAUAUCUGAACUCAACCCUACACUAAGCCCCAGCGCACUGCCAGAAAUCACUAUGAGAGACGGAUGGAGCUUCGGUGAGGAGUCGGACAGUGAUGGUGAACUUACAUCUCCUGUUGACCCUGGACUUAUUUCACCAGCUGGCACCAACUCAAAUUCCAAUAGUCCAAAGAAGAAGCCUCUUCCUGAAGUGAAGUACAUGAAAGGGGACUUGGUGUGGGCUAAAUUCAACAGACGGCCCUGGUGGCCCUGCCAUAUCAACUGUGACCCAAACCAGGGGAUCUACACUAAGAUGAAAGUUCCCCAUCCCCGUCCUUGUCGGAUGUAUUUCCUGGAAACCAUUGGGGAGAUUGCGGAAUGUGCCUGGGUCCCCGGAAAUGCCGUUCUUCCUUUUGAGGGAGGCCAUGAGUUUGAAGACCUACCUGUGCUUAGACGGAGAGGGAAGCAGAAGGAGAAAGACUACAAGUAUACGAUACCCAAAAGUUUACUGACUGCGUGGAAAGUCAGUGUGGCAGAAGCUGAGGGUCUGCUCCCAGGUCGACGAAGGAACACUGAAAGCAUGGCUGGCAAUGGAGAGGAGCGUGUGGCCAGUCCACUCCCUACUGCAAAGCCACAGGACGCCCCCUCUGUCUCUGUGGAUACUGGUCGACCCCCAUCACCCAAUAUGGCCCCCAACGGAAAUGAGCACGAUGUCAUCAAAAACUCUCCUUCAGUUCAACUUAAUAAGAGCAAAGCUUGUAAGAAGAAAAAGAAAUGUUUGUCAGACAUAUUUGGUCAUAUAGUUGGUGGAUCAAAAGACUCGUCUACCAUCACAAACAUGGCGGAACGGUUUCAUACAACAACUCGUACACUGAAAGAUGAGCCAAAGGACUCACCUUAUGCAGACCUGGAUUCAGUUCCAAUACUGCAUCGUCCUAAACGCACAUUAGUGUCUCCAUUACACGAUAUAGAAAGAUUGGUCAGGAAAGAACAGGGUUCAACGAAAGCUAAAACAAAGUUUACUGAAAAACUAAACCAUUCGACCGAUCCCUGUGAUUCCUUUAGCAUUUUAACAAAAGGGUUGACAUCUAAAGACACGCAUUGUGAACAGAGUUUGGGCAGCUGUAAUGAAUUGUUGUACAGUUCAACUGAAAAGCACUCUAUGAAUCUCCCUGCCAGCAGUCGUCUGAUGACGAGGGCUCUGAGAGCAGAGGAAGAGACGGAUCUCAAAGAUGCACUGGCCUUAAGCGAAAUCUCGACAGAUGCCCACACUGAUGAUUGUCUUGAGAACACACCUACUGAUGCACCCAUCAAAACUGAAAGUUCUCCUCACUGGGAAUCCCCCAGCAAUGCAUCAUCCUCUGCAAAUCACAGCUCUCCAAAACGGCGUGCUAGGAAGCCUGAUAAGAAACAAAUUCGUAAUGGCUCAUUGAUGAAGUCUAUGUGCUCGGGUGUAACCACUGUGCAACCGGUUAAGGUCAAGACCGAAAACCCAGAUCUAUCAUCUUCUGCUUCCCCGUCCUCAUCUCUGUCUCCAAUGGAUGCUUUCCAGGAUGUCAAGGAACUCAUGUUUAAAUCUCUUGUGAAGGAGGACAAUAGUGACUCUGAGCAGACCGCAUUUCGGACUGAUUCCAACUAUAAAUUCAGCACCUUCCUGAUGCUCCUGAAGGACAUGCAUGACACCAGAGAACAAGAAGGUAAACCCCUGGCUGUCCCGCCAUCGCCAGUCCUGAUCAAGGAGGAACCCCUGGUCAUCCCUACGUCCGAAAGAGGAGACCUGAAGGGCUUUUCUGAUGGUUUCACCCAAAGGAUCAAAAAAGAGAAUGGGAGGUCACGGAAAUCCACAACACCCAAAAGCACAGCGGGGAGAAGAAAAGCUAUCAUGUCAGCGGACACCUACCAUUGUGAAGUCUUUCCUAUUCGCUCUCAGAUUGGGAACUCAGACAAGCAGCGUAGAAAACAAAGACUACCUGCUAAACUAAAUCUCAGCAUACCUGGGCUUUCUUCGGACCUGGCUAACCUGGCUUACGGUAGGGAGUUUGUUAGUGGCCACGCUGACUUAGCCGUUCCUGGGUCUUGUCCUCCCGCCGCUGCUGAUCCCUCGGCCAGCUACCUCGACAAGAACUCAGGAUCCACAGUGGCUCCAAAGAAGCGCUGGCAGAUGGUUGAGGGGGCUGCUGAGAAUAAGGGUGAAGUUAUGAGCGAGGCGUCCUCUGAGAUGAACGGGUCUUACAACAUGAGAGCGUCACCAGAUCUUGAUCUGGGAGUUGAGAAGCAGGCGGAGAAUGACUUGCUCUUCUCAGAGACAAGCAGCACAGCCGGAAAUUCAGAGAACAAGCGUCUCCGGAAACCAACUAAAAGGCUCCUGGAGUCAACUGAGGAGUAUGAACAAAUAUUUGCCCCAAAAAAGAAAUCAAAGAAACACACCUCAGAAUCUUCCAAAAUGCAGACAUCAGGGAUGAUAGCACUCCAUGAUCUCAGCACCCCACCGGGAAUAAUUACCUCAGCCUCGUCUUCUGUUGAGCCCAUCGAGGCUUCGGCAGAGCUGGAACAGAGUCCGUCUCAGGAUGAACUUUCUCCUGUAGCAUCCCCACUAUCUCCAGCUACAACACAACCCUCCCUUUAUGCAGAGACGGCAGAAGAAACUGAUCUACCUCCUGAGUCUGAUACAGGGUUAUUGGUCCAAGACAGAAAGAGGCCAAGGAAGCUGUCUCACAAGGUGCUGGAAUGUACCAUAGAAGAAGUGUCUGUUGCUCAUACAAAGAAGAAGGAGCCAAAGCGACAAGAAAACUUAGUCAAGAAAACUCAGGUUGGAUCUGUGAAGAAAGAGAAGCCUGCACCCGGUGCAUCCUCUGCUCCUUCUGCUGCCCCCGAGCAAGCAGAAAGCAAAGACCUCCCCGUGGUCCUCAAUCAAAACCGGCCUCCCAGCCCUCAGGGAUCUAAGAUGCCCCAGCAGGAGGCCGAGGUGGAAGCCUGCAGCACUGAGGAGACGCAAAAUGCACACACUGGAACACUAACUCCCAAACCUGAGGGGCUGCUGUCUGUUAGUUUGAAUGACAGCCUCUCUUCUCAAGUGGAUGUAAAAGGGAAAAUAGGAGCUACAUCCUUAAAGGAGAACGUCUGUCAGGUGUGUGAGAGGACAGGAGACCUGCUGGUGUGUGACGGCCACUGUUAUGGAGCCUUUCACCCGCAGUGUAUUGGCCUGUCAGUGGCUCCCAAGGGGAAAUUCCUCUGUCGUGAAUGCAACGCUGGUGUCCACACAUGCUUCGUGUGUAAGAAGUCUGGUAAUGGUGUAAAGCGCUGCAUUAUACCGUUGUGUGGGAAGUUCUACCACACUGACUGUAUAUUGGCGUACUCAGCCACCCAGCCUCAUAACAAAGGCUUCCGCUGCCCUCUGCAUGUGUGUCUGUCCUGCCACAUCACCAACCCUCUCAACAUCUGUAGCACUAAAGGUCGGUUGGCUCGAUGUCUUCGCUGCCCUGUGGCCUAUCAUGCCAAUGACAACUGUAUGGCAGCAGGCAGCCUGGUGCUAGCAAACAAUAGCUUCCUCUGUCCCAACCACUUCACUCCCCGCAAGGGCUGCAAGAACCACGAACACAUCAACGUCAGCUGGUGCUUUGUGUGCUCUGAAGGGGGCAGCCUGCUGUGCUGUGAGUCCUGUCCUGCUGCUUUCCAUCAGGAAUGUUUGAAUAUAGAGAUGCCACAGGGCAACUGGUUCUGCAAUGACUGCAAAUCUGGAAAGCGGUCUCGUAUUAAGGACAUACUGUGGGUCAAAUGGGGGCGUUACAGGUGGUGGCCUGCAGAAGUCUGUCUGGCCAAAGAUGUCCCAAACAACAUCUUGAGGAUGAAACAUGAGGUGGGAGAGUUUCCAGUGCAGUUCUUUGGCUCCAAAGAUUUUGUGUGGACGUACCAAGCCAGAGUCUUCCCCUACAUGGAGGGUGACACUCACAACAUCGAGAAAAUGGGGAAGGGAGCAGAUGCAGUGUACAAAAAGGCCCUGACGGACACAGCAGAGCGGUUCAGAGAGCUCCAGGCAGAAAGGGAGAUGAAGCAGCUUCAGGAGGACAGAAAGAAUGACAAGAAACCUCCCCCAUACAAGCACAUUAAGGUCAACCGGCUAAUUGGUAAGGUGCAGAUCUUUACUGCCGACCUAUCGGAGAUCCCACGUUGCAACUGUAAGGCGUCUGACGAGAACCCGUGCGGCAUCGACUCCGAGUGCAUUAACCGCAUGCUGAUGUAUGAGUGCCACCCUCAGGUGUGUGCGGCAGGGGAGCGGUGUCAGAACCAGGCCUUCACAAAGCGCCAGUACACACCUGUGGACAUUUUCAGAACACUGUCCCGCGGCUGGGGUUUAGUUGGUUUGUCGGACAUCAAGAAGGGAGCCUUCGUGAGUGAAUAUGUGGGAGAGGUGAUUGAUGAAGAAGAAUGCCGAGCCAGGAUCCGACACGCCCAGGAGAACGACAUCUGUAACUUCUACAUGCUUACACUGGACAAGGACCGGAUCAUUGAUGCCGGGCCCAAAGGGAACCAGGCUCGCUUCAUGAACCACUGCUGCCAGCCAAACUGUGAGACUCAGAAGUGGACUGUGAAUGGGGACACCAGGGUGGGGCUGUUUGCUCUACAAGACAUCCCACAAGGUGUGGAGCUGAAUUUCAACUACAACCUGGAGUGUCUUGGCAAUGGCAAAACUGCUUGUAAAUGUGGAGCACCCAACUGCAGUGGUUUCCUGGGGGUCAGGCCAAAGAACCAGCCGUCAGCUGAGAAACUGAAGGAUGGUAAGAGGAAGGUCCCCAUGAAGAAGAAGACCAAGCAAGAAGUGACCAAGGAGAGGGAGGACGAGUGCUUCAGCUGUGGAGACGGGGGCCAGAUAGUGUCCUGUAAGAAGCCGGGUUGCCCGAAGGUCUAUCACGCUGACUGUCUCAACCUGGCCAAGAGGCCUGCAGGGCGGUGGGAGUGUCCAUGGCACCAGUGUGACGUCUGUGGUAAAGAGGCAGCUUCGUUCUGUGAGAUGUGUCCCAGCUCUUACUGUAAGGAGCAUCGUGAAGCCAUGCUCUUCAUCUCCAAACUGGACGGCAAGCUGUCCUGCAGUGAACACGACCCCUGUGGACCUGACCCACUGGAGCCUGGGGAGAUCCGUGAAUAUGUGCCCAACAUGACCUCCAUGAGGCCGGGGGCCGUGGCUGUGCCUGCCUCUUUCUCGCUGGGCCCAGACUCCACAGGAGCCAGUUCCGCCCCCAUCACUUCCCCUGCCGGCCAGGCUGCGUCGGCCGGGCCGGGGCCUCCUCCUCGUCUCUAUAUCAACACAAAGACGGCUACCUCGAGCUUCAUCCCCUCCAACAGGUCUUACCGCACAGACAGGACUGAAGGGAAAGGGUUUUCCACUCCCACCUCCUCCAAGGACGAAAGAGAGGACGGGGAGGUGGAGGACGGGGAGGUGUGCGGGUUAGAGAUGGAGGACUUUGAAGAUGACGAUGAAGACGCAGAGGACGAAGAGGAUGACAUGGAGGAGAUGGAGAUAGUGGAAGAUGAGGAGGAGGAUGAGCCGCAGUAUGGGGAUGAUCUGCCGGAGGAAGGCGAUGACGAAGAGGAGGACGAAGGAGGGGAUGUGUAUGACACUUGGAGUGAUUAUGUGGAUGAAGAUGCUGAUGAUGGAGAGGUGGAGGGGGAGGAGUGGGGGAGGGUGGAGGACGAUGACAAGUGACUUAGUCCACCUGUCCCUUCAUGACAACUCAGCAAAAACUCUCAACUGACAGUCGUAGGACAAAAAAAGUUUGGAAAAGACAGAGAGUUUGAUAUUUUGGUACCUACUUGAACGCAACACUGCCUUCACCUCGGUACCGCGUUGCCUUCUUGUCCCCAGACUGCUGGACUGACAGUGGGGACAUGUACUGGUGCUAAGUCUCAAGAACUGACUCAGUCCGUCUCUUUAUACUUAUGUUCAUAUGUUUGUGUCUGGUGCUGUUAUGUUCUUUUGUUUGUUCUUUCAACAUUGUUUACAUUUUUUGGCCUUUUUUAAUGUUUGGAAUAUAAGAAAAAGGUGAGAAGUUUCACCUGACCAAACUGUCAUCAUAAGGUCAUCUUAUGUUGCUGUUACUGUCUUAACCUUGUAAUUUUAAUUACGAGAGUGAUCAAAAUAGAGGUCUCACUGGUCCAUGUUAGAGUUCGGCACAGCAAUGCCUGCUUGGUGCUUCUGAGGAAUGCAAAAAUAAACCCACUGGAGUCUUUAAGACUUUAGAUGAUUCUUCUCACUACAAAAA